GGCGCGCUUCCCGGAACAGCCCGCGGAGGGCAGCGCGGCGAGAACCCACCCGCGGCCGCAGCUCCCGCGCGGACAUGGCCGCGGGGAUCGGGGCGCGGGCAGCGAUGGCCACGCGCGCCUGACAGGUGCGGAGCAUGUACGGCAAGGCGAGCAAGGGCUGCGCGCCCUCCGACGGCCAGGCGCGCGAGAAGCUCGCACUGUAUGUAUAUGAGUACCUACUCCAUGUGGGGGCACAGAAGUCGGCGCAGACCUUCCUGUCUGAGAUCCGCUGGGAAAAGAACAUCACAUUGGGUGAGCCUCCUGGCUUCCUGCACUCCUGGUGGUGUGUCUUCUGGGACCUGUACUGCGCAGCACCAGACCGCAGGGAGGCCUGUGAACACUCCAGUGAGGCCAAAGUCUUCCAGGACUAUAGCGCAGCAGUGGCUCCCAGCCCUGGGAUGGGUACCAUGGCCCCUAAUGAUGCAAUGGCAGCAGGUCCUGUGGCACCAGGCUUCUUUCAGCCCUUCAUGUCACCUCGGUUCCCAGGGGGUGCCCGCCCAAUCCUAAGGAUGCCAGGCCAGCCUCCUGUGGGCCUUCCUGGCUCCCAGCCCCUCAUCCCUGGUCCAAUGGACCCCUCCCCACGGUCACAGGGGCACCCCAGCCUGGGAGGCCCGAUGCAGAGGGUGACCCCUCCGAGGGGAAUGGCCAGUGUUGGCCCCCAGGGCUAUGGAACUGGCAUGCGGCCCCCACCCAAUUCCCUUGCCACCAGCCAGGUCCUGCCACCCAUGAACAUGGGUCCGGGAGUGCGUGGCCCGUGGGCCAGUCCCAGCGGUAACUCGAUCCCGUACUCUUCCUCCUCUCCUGGCAGCUACUCGGGACCUGCAGGAGGCGGUGGCGCCCCUGGAACACCCAUCAUGCCCAGCCCUGGAGACUCCACCAACUCCAGCGAGAAUAUGUACACCAUCAUGAAUCCCAUCGGGCCGGGCGCUGGCAGGGCUAACUUCCCUCUCGGCCCCAGCCCGGAGGGCCCAAUGGCCUCAAUGAGCACGAUGGAGCCGCACCACGUGAACGGAUCCCUGGGCUCGGGCGAUAUGGACGGGCUGCCGAAGAAUUCCCCCGGCGCCGUGGGCGGCCUGAGCAACGCCCCGGGGACCCCGCGCGACGACGGCGAGAUGGCGGCUGCCGGGACCUUCCUGCACCCGUUCCCGAGCGAAAGCUACUCCCCCGGCAUGACCAUGAGCGUGUGAUAGCCCUGGCCUGAGCCCAGGGUCCUGCUGGUGAGGUCUCGGGUCGCGGCAGCACCCCUGCCAUCCGGACUCCUGGCUAGACCGGCCGGCAGGGCCCCCACGAAGGACUAUUCUCAUUUUCUAAACACACAUAUACACAAACACAAACUCAAAAGGACCUCAGAGAAGUGCAGGCCUUCGGACCUGUGUGCUGCCACAGGGUUGGGGGGUGGGUGUGGGUGGGGACAGGGGUUCUGCCAAUAAAUGCCAUUCAGUUUUG